AUGGCUAUACAAUUGGAUCCCCAGUUAACGUGCAAUGAGAAUCCUUCUAAUGCUAAUGUUGUUGAUUGUGUUACUGUAGAUCAAGACAGACCUGAACGGCCUUCCAGUGCCUAUUUCAUUUUCAUGGAAAAAUUCAGACAAGCAUACAAGGAAAAGCAUCCAAACAAUAGAUCUGUCUGUGUUGUAGGCAAAGCUGGAGGAGAUAGAUGGAAAUCAAUGUCCGAUUCUGAGAAAGCUCCUUAUGUAGCAAUGGAAAAGCAAAGGAAAAUCGAGUAUCUCAAGUACUGGGAAGCACAUGAGAAGAAGGCUGUGAGCCCUUGGAAGAACGCAGAUGAGGAAUAG